UCGAGACUGUUUCUUCCCUUCUCUAAGUAUAUAUAUACAUAAAUUGCACUCUUCGAAUUUGAUAUCUAUCAACCUUUGUACCAACAAAACCAACAAAAACUUAUUACGUUUUGCAGCUCGACGUGGACAAACUUCUGCCGUUAAUCUCCAUCUAACGGUUCCCUUCGAAUGAACGAUGGCGCGAGUUCAGGGUUUCAUUUCUCACCGCUGGAUCAUCUUUCAGUUAAUAACAGUCCUCCACGUGGCUAAUGCACAAUCUUUCUCACCACCGAGUCAGCCCGAGUUGCCACCGGGUCAUGCUCCGUCGAAGACCACCGUCUUCGUCGUUCUCGUCUCCGCCUUUUUCUUCUUCGGGCUACUCUCCAUCUACAUCCGUAACUGCACGCGAGCUAAUCCCGGACACUCCACGACAAACUCCCGCCGCCGCGGCACUUACGGCGGAUGUUCACGGCGGGGAGGCCUUGAAGACGCGGUGGUUGAGAGCUUCCCCGUCUUCGCUUACUCCUCCGUUAAGGAAUCGAAAAUCGGAUCCGGUGAUCUCGAAUGUGCGAUUUGCCUUAACGAAUUAGAGGAUCGCGAGACGGUUCGGUUACUUCCGGUUUGCAAUCAUCUCUUCCACGUUGAUUGCAUCGACGCUUGGCUUUACUCCCACGCGACUUGUCCGGUUUGCAGAUACAAUCUCACUGCUAAACCGGUUAAAACCGGAGCGGAAGAUCAGGAUCCGGUUAGUGAUCACGUCGUGAUUGACAUUAUCGGAGAUUCUGAGACCGUUGAGGAAGCGAAGAGCCAUCAUCUACGGGAAAUCGUCGGUAAGUUUCCGCGGUCGAAUUCCACCGGUCACUCGGUGGGGAGACUCGGUGGUGGAUCCGAGAGGUUUACUCUACGGUUGCCGGAGGAGGUGAGGAGGCGGAUAAUGGCGGCGAAAGGACGUAAACUGAAGCGAGCGAGGAGCUUUGAUGCUGAUUUGGUGGUGGAUAGCGAGUACGUAUUCGGGUCGGGUGUGAAGUCGGAUCGGGUUAGCUGGGCGGAUCGAUGGAGUUUGUUUGUUGCAAAGUCAAACUCUGGUUCCGUUAGAUCACUUAACGGCGAUUCGUUGACAUGAGGAAACGUUAAAGUCAAGCGCUGGAGUGGUAAGUGGUGAAUAUUAUUUCUUUGAUAUACGAGUGGUACUGGUGGUGAAUACUUAAGAUAUUAAACUGUUGAUGAAUAUUUCAUUGACUUAUAGUUUUUUUUUUUUUUUUCAUUUGCUUUGUACACUAGAAGGGUCCAGCUUGUUUAGUACCUCGCUAAACAAGUUUUUUUUUUCAAUUUUGUAAGAGUGCUUAUAAUAUUGACUAAUGAAGACAUUGUCUAAGUUUUUAUGUCAUUAUGUUGGUUUUACAAAUAGACUGGUUCCUAACUUGCGCCGAAGAGAUUGGUGCAACAUGCAUUGAUGUGUAAAGAGCUUCAUCGCAUGGCGAAAGAACGCAUUCGGUGAAGUUUUGGGAAUUUUGUGAAGCCAAAAUUAAAUUUCUGGUUUGUGUUGAAAAACAUGAUUACCAAUUACAUGAAGAUCAAAUAUCUAGACAAAAUUAAUAUGUUUUAACAAUACCAAUUAUAUGAAUGAUUUGC